GGGUGGGAGCAUCUCAAAACAUGCAAGAAUCACUACCUGGUCAUUCUACAAGACCACCUUUUAUUCCCCAAGACCAACAUACCAACGACCCGCCGGGGUUCAACACAAGGAGAAGAAGAGAUCUAAGAGACCCACAAUCACUAGACGUGGGCAGAGGGGCAAAAAAUACAG